AUGUUGAGAUUAUUAGCUCGACAGAGCACUCGGCAAAUCAAAAGGUGCAAGGCGCUACCUUCAGUUGCUAUUCGACGUAAGCAUAUACCAUCCAUACCAAAGACGCCUGCAAUCCAAAGUAGCAGCCAGGGUAAAUCAAAUGGCUUUGAUUCUACUAUUGUAUUGAACACCGAGCAGCGACUGAUGGAACUCCCCAAGAUAAGCCUGGGUGAUUAUGUAGAAGCAUUCAGAAACGGGCAGUAUAGUGGCAUGGUGGUUGGUCAAAAGGGGACCAGUGGUGGUUUACAGCAAUUGACACUCUUACUCCGCAAUGGCAAAACGACCAUUGUUCGAAGUGAUAGUGUAGCAUUCUGUUUCAAGGGAUUCGCUGCCAGUCAACAAGUAUCGCAAACCGUUACAGAACCUACGAAUUGGAAAGAUGUGGAUGCGAAUGGACUAUUACAGAACAUUCCUUCAGCUUACAGUCGAGCCAUUCAGCAUUAUCAGCGAACAUUAACCAUGUCAAAGGGUGCUAGCCAUCAAGGAUUGACGCAGCUGCACAAGCUCUUUUCAAAAGUCGACACACAAACAGAAGCUUCUUUGGAUCAAUUAGCAACUGCUGCCUUCAAAUCACCAAACAAACCGACAGAACUGCAACGCCAUGUCACUUUCUUGCAUUUGGUGUCUGACAAUAUACAUUUCAUUCCUUCAAGAGAUGUGCUUGGAUCAAACAAUUGGACGCUUCGAUCAGAGACCGAGUGCGAUAGAUUGACGCGCAUCAUUGAUUCCAUCCGAAGUCGAGAUGCGUCGUAUACAGGUUUCUUGUCUCGUAUCAAGACACUCGUGACAUUCUACCAGACGCAUGCAGACCCUGUGCUGGGUACGUUUUCGAGGACAGCGCUUGAAUUAGCACCCGCAGUAACCAGCACAUUGACCGAGUCAGACAAGGAGUUUGUUAAUUUCAUAUUGGAUUGGGUCAAAUCACCCAAAGUCAUUGUGGAUUCGCCGUACGAAGUCUUUGUGCCCAACAUUCUGAAAGCACUGAAAUGCUAUGAUCAGCUGUUUUAUGACAGACCUCUGGCCAUUCAGUUUCUCAAGGAAGUUGGCAUGUUUACACCAUGGGACAAUGUGGGGUUACUGGAAGAUGCAAAGAAAGCAGAAGAGUUUUUCUGGUCCAAGCAGUCGCAAGAGAGCAAUGAAAAGAUGGAGGCUUAUACAACAGCGUUUUUGACUGAUCACAACAUGGGUACGCAAGACAGAUACGCAUCCAUUCGCCAUGAUUUUGGAAACUUGGCAGUGUACACCAUUGACGAUCCAUCUGCUAAAGAAAUUGACGACGGUAUUUCCAUUGAACAUGUUCCAGGGGACAACUCAGCUUGGCUCCAUAUGCAUAUUGCAGAUCCCACAACCUAUAUCCAGCCCACAGAUGAACUGGCACAUCUGACACAACAAAAGGCGCAAACACUGUACCUACCAGAACGUCAUUUCCCUAUGCUGCCUGAAGAAUUAUCAUCCAAAAAGUUCAGUUUAGGUUCGACAGCACACACAAACAAGAACGGGUCUCAGUAUGCAUUGACGUUCAGUACACGCAUCGACAUGAAGGGUAACUUGCUGGAUUACAAGGUGCGACCCAGUCUAGUGAAGAACGUAAUCAAGGUCUAUUACGACGACUUGGACGACAUGUUGAAGCCUGCAGCCACCAUCACCUAUGAUCCCCUGGUCGAUUUGACCAAGAGUUUCUCGCAUCCUUCCAGCGAUGCCUUUGCGUUCAAGGACAACCAAGAGCAAACAAGAAAACCAACUGUACCUGAAAACGCCAAAAAGGAUUUAUUUGAUAUAUUUCAAAUGGCACAAAAACACAGCGUCAACCGAGUGGCUAACGGCGCCAUCAACUUUACAAAGCCUUCUCCCGUGAUUGAAAUACUGCCACAACCGCUUGAUUUACCUCGCAUUCAAUUCAAAUCACCCAUUUAUGCCUCUCAUUUGCCUGCUGUGCGGGUCACUUUGGAUAAAUCAGCCUUUUCGCCAGCUCGAAAGAUGGUGGCAGAGACCAUGAUUAUAGGUGGUCGUAUUGCUAGUCAAUUUGCACAUGCUCACAAUAUCCCACUUCCAUUUCGUGUGCAGGUGUGGAACCCUGAUGCAUCCAAUGCACAAUGCCGUUUAAGAGAAGAACUACUAGCCAGUCGAGAUCCUAUUUCUGGUAUGAUUGGAACACAGGAUAUGGCCAAGUACAUGUCCAUUUUGCCUCCUAGUACGGUCACUACACAAUCCAAUCAACCACACGUUAUCAUGGGCAUCCAGGAUGGCUACACACGAGCGACAUCACCUUUGCGUCGAUACAUGGAUAUGGUUGUGCAUUGGCAGUUGAAAUCUCACUUGUUGGGCGAGCCAUUACCGUUCUCCAGCAGCCAUUUGCAAGCCUUGUCAUCACGCAUUAUGAACAGAGAAAAGCAGCUUAGUUUGCUGCAGCAGAGAGGCAUUCAAUUCUGGGUGCUUAGUUUGUUGGAUCGUAUGCGCGUGGAUGGAUUUACCGAUCGUAUGGAGUGGAACUGCAUUGUGAAUAUGCCUAAUCGCAAUGCCUCUACUGAGUUGGGAGGCACCAUGGAUGUGGCGACUGGUACAUUACUGGAACUGGGAAUUCGUGGCCGUAUAGAUAGAUUAGAGAGAAAUUUAGAAGUGGGAGAGGUUGUUAAAGUUCGUAUAUCUAGCUUAGAACCUGUAUCAGGUAGAAUCAAUUUUGAAAUGAUCUAA